AUGGAUCGCAAGUCUUCCAUACAGUCCGUCGAGGGCGCGGCUGAGAACGAGAAAGCCGUCCACGUCGAGACCGACACGAUGUCUUCUUCGACGGCAGAGGCACGACGAGCUUCUGUUCAGGAAGAAGUCCGCCAGGUCACCGAUCUUUCUGCUAAGGAGCAGUAUCGCAAGCUAUGGGCGGCCAUCAAGGCAGACAAACGCUUCUGCAUUUGGACGUUGUACACGAUGCUCCUGGUGUUUGGCUGGGGUUUCGACAACGGUCUCAGUGGUGUGGCGAUUGCUUUCCCUGAGUUCAGAGAGUACUACGGGCAUUACUAUGCAAAGGGCGACCAAUUUGUCAUCCCAGCCUUAUGGCAAUCACUGUGGAACGCCGCCAGUACGAUCGGUCAAGUCUUCGGCGGCUACGCAGCUGGCCAGUUCGCCGAUAUGCUGGGCCGCAAGUUCUUGCUGUACACAGCUGUCAUCCUCAGCUUGGCUUCCUCCUUCGCCCUCGUCUUCGCUCCCGACCUGCCAGUUCUGUUCGUCUCGAAGCUCCUCCUCGGUGUCAGCAUUGGACUCAGCACCGCUACUCCACCGCUUUACGUUACUGAGAACGCACCGGCAGCACUUCGAAGCACCGCCUCUUCGCUCACCAACGUCGUCAUUGUCCUCGGCUUCUUCAUGUCCUCCUUGACUGGCUACGGCGCCUCGCACAUUCAUGGAGUCUGGUCCUUUAGGCUGGCCUUCUGCAUGACCUUCGUCGUCCCAGCGCUGUACCUCAUCGGGUUGCCAUUCUUCCCGGAAUCUCCCGUCUGGUACAUGAAGAAGGGUCGUGAGGCUGACGCGCGCAAGGCUGCUCUCAAGCUAUUUGGCUCCGACACUGAUAUUGAAGUCCGGAUUGAGAAGAUCAAGCAUGAGCUGAAGCAGACCGAAGACGAAGAGAACUCGAAGAUCAGCCAAACCAGCUGGCGCGCCAUCUUCUCCAAGGAGCAUCGCUCACGAACAUUCGUUGCUGUUCUGGGACUUCAAAGUCAGAACUUCUCCGGUGGCUACUUUGCCAACACCUACCAGACCUACUACUUCGAGCUCAUCGGCCAAAGCGACCCUUUCGGACUCACGGCAAUCUCGUCAACUCUGCAGUUCCUGUCCAACUUGGUCGCUGUGUGUCUCUCGGACGUCAUCCCGCGCAGGAAGGGUCUGAUCGGUGGCGGUACCAUCCUCAUGUUCUGGUCUGUCAUCAUCGCCGGCACGAGCAUGGCUUCCACCACCAACAACGCCGCCAACAUGGCCCUUCUCGCUUUCAUGAUCACCUGGAGCAUGCUCUACACAUCCACCGUGGGCUGCUACGGCUGGGCGGUGGCUCAAGAGUCAUCCUCGCAAGCGACCAGGCCGAAAACGAUAUCUCUGGUUCUGGUCUGCCAGCAGCUUACCGCUCUCAUGCUGAGCUCAGUCUUCCCGUUCUUCAUCAACCCCGAUCAGCUCAACUGGGGCGGCCGUGUGAUGUUCCUGUUCGUCGGCGCCGAACUCUUCAUCAUGGCCGGGCUGUACUUCUUCCAGCCUGAGACGAAGAAUCGGACCUACACCGACCUCGAGAAGCUCUACGCUGCUGGUGUUCCACCACGGAAGUUCAAGCGCUUUGCGGUCGUCGAUGGAGAGGUGGUUGAGAAGGAAGGCAAGAGCGGGUUCCUUUCGAGAUUCUCCAGGAAGGUUUGA